AUGCCUACCGUCGCGGGACGCGAGCUUCUCGAACGUUUUCUGUUCCAGCACGAUCUCGCCACAGAGCUCACCGAUGCCGAGCGCGACGAGUACCUCUCUUUCCGGCUCACACUCAACGAAGCCGAAGCCGAGGUCUGCCGUCAGAUCAUCUUGGCACUGCUCAGGAAGAACGUCCAUCCUGACUCUUUGGCCAUCAUUGUCUUCUACAAAGAGCAGAGCCGCCUUCUAGGGCAUUUCGCCAAGCGUACCCAAGUGAAUCCACACGGCUUUGACGCUGAGCGAGGGGAAUUCCUCAACGACCCCCACCGAUUAAACGUAGCCCUGUCCCGUUGUCGCCACGGACAAUUCGUGCUCGGUCAUGAGAAAUCCUUAGUCGGCUUGUCGUAUUGGGACAUCCUACUCCGUUGGGCCGUAACGACGACGGCCAUCGCCUACCGAUCUGCUCGAAUAACCGGUUGUUUUUUCUCACUUGAUGUCCAUUACGGUCUGCGGCAGCCGAUCGAGGCUUCUUCUCCGCACCGAGAUCUCGCCGCCGUCCAGCUCGUCCGUUCGACUCCUCGCCCCAGAAGAUCUCCUCCACGAUCGUCGCCUCAUGGUUCCAGCUCACUUCCAAGGUCCGGCUCACAUCUGAUACUCGACAACCAAUGCGAUCUCCUUCACUGUACUAAUAAAGUCUACUAA